UAAUAAUGAAAUCAUUACUCCUUCAAUAAGUUUAAUACCUAUUAAACAGGAAACCGGUACUGAUGAUUCUGAUCAAAAAUUGCCUUCUCUUAGUGGAACUUCAACAUCUAUGGAUGCAAUAUCCAAAGUUCUACCAACUCUGACACAAACAGUAAAGGUAUCUCCUUUGAAAUCAUUGUUGCGUGAAGAUCUAAAACGGAGAAUAUCGGCUCGUGUUCACAGUCGAAAUGCUAACCGAUCUAUGGAAAUAGUCAAUACAAGCAGUUCGGCGGCAAUAAAUGAGCAUGAGGACACAUUAAACACACAAUGGAUGUCACAAGGUUCCAGUUCAGGUUUGAUGUGUUUGUUUUGUAACAUAAAUUUUCCAGAUCAAACUCUAUAUUUUCUGCACAAAGGAUGCCAUUCUGAGAGUAAUCCUUGGAAAUGCAAUAUAUGCGGUGAACAGUGUAAUAAUGUUUAUGAGUUCAAUUCACAUUUGUUAAGCAAAAGUCAUCAGUAACUGGAUUAGCAAAUUAUAGAUUCAAAUUUUUAAAAUUGAAAUUCUAAUGUUUAGAAUAAUUCUUUAGCUUAACAAGUGUUGUAUGAAGAAUCAGUAAAAUUAAUAAUUAUC